CUGAGAAAGAACUUGUCAACAUGACAGUCCUUUGCUAAUUCAAUUAUUGAAAACUUUCUAAUUUUCCUUUAAUGAAUACUUUCGAUUUUAACGAUUAUAAAUAAAUUCCACAGCAGGUUCAAACCAUCGGCCAAAAUCAUGUGAUUCGUUGUACACCAACCAAGCUCCAAUGACAGUCGUUCUGACUGGAGCUUAGUAAUUGAUUAUUACUUUAGUUAAGGCAGUUCAACUAUUAGGUGUCAGUGAUUGUGGAUGAGUGAGUGGAAACAAUAUACAAUUGAUAGGAAAACUGCUUGGUCACGAUCACUCAAAAAUUAAAAUAUUUCAAGAGAAAAGUACAAGAAGAUGAAGUAAAAUGGCACCCAGUUUUAGCAAAUAUGUGACACGAAACAACGCUCUUGCAGCCGCUGGAGCAUCUACAGCAUUGCUAUGGAUUUUAUUAUCAAAACGAAAAAAGAAUGCUUAUAACCUGGACAGGAGAAAAGUGAGGAAAACUGUGGAUGAGGAAGUCAAAUAUUUUAUAUCUGAGAAGAAAGAAAAUAGGAUUAAAGCCCAAGUUGAUAAACAAUUUCUUAAACAACUUAAUCAUCUACUUAAAAUUAUUAUCCCAGGAUGGACUUCACCUGAAGCUGGAUUUCUAUUCCUAGUUGCUGCAAGUUUAGUUACCAGAUCUGUUUGUGAUUUAUGGAUGAUAGAUAAUGGAACUAAAAUAGAAAGUGCUAUAGUUUCUAUGGACAAGAAUCUUUUUAAAAGGCGCCUUAUAAAAUUCAUCGUCGCUCUUCCAUUAAUAGCAGUGGUAAACAACAUCCUCAAGUUUUCGAUUGGAGAACUUAAAUUAAGAUUACGCACAAAUAUGACACGUCGUCUGUACGAAGAGUAUCUCAAAAACUUUACAUAUUAUCGCAUGUCUAACCUAGACAACCGCAUCAGCAACGCCGACCAACUUCUAACCACUGACGUCGAUAAAUUUUGCGAAAGCGUAUCAGAGCUUUAUUGUAAUACUGCUAAACCACUUCUUGACAUUGGCAUCUACGUCUAUAAACUCUCAUCAACUUUAGGUGGAGGUACGCCAGCGUUGAUGUUGGGUUAUUUAUUUGUAUCUGGGGCGUUGUUAACCCAUUUGAGAAGACCCACAGCGAGAUUAACAGCCGGAGAACAGAAGCUAGAAGGCGAAUUCAGACAUAUCAAUUCACGAUUGAUAACGCAUUCUGAGGAAAUAGCUUUCUACAAUGGAAAUUCGCGCGAAAAAGCGACCUUGUUAUCUAGUUAUAACAAACUAUUAAACCAUUUGAGGAAAUUUUUGCGGUUUAGGGUCUUUAUGGGUGUAAUUGAUAAUCUAGUGGCUAAAUAUUUUGCCAGUGUUGUCGGAUUUUGGGCUGUGUCUUUACCAUUUAUGUCACAAGCACAUUCGCUCGCCGGUUCGCAACAUGGCGAAAGGUCCCGAUUGUACUACACUUACGGGCGAAUGUUGGUAAAACUGGCCGAAGCUAUAGGUCGGCUGGUUUUAGCAGGCCGUGAGUUAACUAGAUUGGCUGGCUUUACAGCACGAGUGACGCAAUUAAGACAAGUUCUCGAUGAAUUAAAUCAAGGAAAUUAUGAACGCACGAUGGUCACAGGGGCCGAAACGUUGAAAGCAAACGGCGGCAAAUUUAUCUUUCAAAACAAUAUAAUUAAAUUUGAUCGAGUACCUUUGAUCACACCCAAUGGGGAUGUUUUGAUCAAAGAAAUCAGUUUUGAGAUUAAAUCCGGAAUGAAUGUCUUAGUUUGCGGACCUAAUGGAGCCGGAAAAUCGUCAUUGUUUAGAGUUUUGGGCGAAUUAUGGCCGUUGUUUGGAGGAGAGUUGACUAAACCGCCGCGUGGAAAAUUGUUCUACAUUCCUCAAAGGCCGUAUAUGACUUUAGGAUGCCUAAGAGAUCAGUUGACUUAUCCACAUUCGGGUUCUGAGGCUUUAAGGAGGGGCACCAGUGAUAAACAAUUGGAGGAACAUCUUCAUAGGGUUCAGUUAGGGUACUUGUUGGAGCGCGAGGGAGGCUUGGACGCAAUCGCUGAUUGGCUAGAUGUUUUAAGUGGAGGGGAGAAACAACGUAUUGCUAUGGCACGUCUGUUUUAUCAUAAGCCUCAGUUUGCUAUUUUGGAUGAAUGUACCAGUGCUGUUUCGGUGGAUGUUGAAGGAAGCAUGUACAAGUAUUGUAGGGAAGUUGGUAUAACACUGUUGACAGUGUCACAUAGGAAGUCUUUAUGGCAACAUCACGAAUACGUUUUACACUUGGACGGGAGAGGAGGGUACUCUUUCCGGCCUAUAGAAGAUGUAACAGAGCAAUUUGGGUCUUAAUUAGUGUUAAGAUUUAGGAAAAUUCAUACAAUGACUACAUUACAAUUGAUCAUGAGAAGAUCAAUUUUUAAUUAAAAACAAUGAAUUUUUUGUUCAUGGCCUUCUGUGUUUACUCGAUACAAUAAUGUUUUUCCGUAUUUGAUAUAUUGGUGGUUUUAUAGUUAAAAUGGCGCACAAACAAAUUUAACAUUAUUUUGUAUUAUGUUUUAUGUAUUUAUAUGUAUAUGACUUGGAUUUUAAAAAGACAGUCUAUUUUUAGAAAAAUAUACAUUAUGGGAUUUUAUAAAAUGUUUGCAAAAAUAUAACAAAUAAAACAAUCUCUUGGUUUGUUAUUGCGAGAACAAUUCUCUGAUCAGAAUUUUUUUUAUCAAUAACUAAUAAACUGGAAAAAUAAUUUAACUGAAUUUCUACUUUUUUUUGGACAGAAAGCAAAAUUAAAAAUAUGUUACAAACAAUUCUGGUUUCUGUAUCCAUGGCCUACUGUGGUGUCUUUUUUAAAUUUUAUUUAUAAUUAUGAGGUCAAAUCUCUCAUAUGAGGUCACGGUCUUUUUUUCAAGUUGUAGGUUAUUUAUAUGUCUCUUUCACUCUUUGAUUUAAAAGUUUUAUGUGUGGCCUAAUAUGGUGUCUAUUAGCUUACCUAACUUGAUAUACUUUCCUACUUGUUAUAUUUUUUUGUUUAAAAAACUGUCAAAAGAGAAAUUUGCGUGUAACGUGUAAUAGAUUGCUCUAGACACUUCUUAAGUCAGUCUACAUGAAAGUAAAAAAAAAUACUUCUGUUUUUCUAGUCUCAAUAAUUCAAAAUUGUACUUACACUUUUUGAAUUAAUGAAAACAAAUGAACAAAAUAAUUUGUGUAAUAAAUUAAAUGAAAGAUUUUGUUAAAUGUAUAAUGUUUGUACCUACCUAUGUUAAACUUUUUGUUAAGUCAUUUUGGUGUUGGAAAAGAAAACGUUGCAAUAAAAAAGGUUAUUUAUUUUUAUUAACUAGGUAUAUCAAAAUAUUUAUUUUUUACCUUCAGUUGCAGGUCUAAUCCGUCGUAAUUGUAGGGAUUAAUAGAUUGCUAUAUUUUUUGAAAAUAUUUUAUUGGAACAUGUGCACAUUAAAGUCAAACAGCUAUGUAUUUAAAGCGAGAUGUAGUGGAUUUAUGUCCACCUAACAAAAUUAAUAGCAGUAGAAUGUGAUAUAAUUGUUGUUUGAACAAAUCGAUCCGUUAGUUCAACAACAAUAAUUGUUUUCCUAGAUUUAUUAUACACAACAAGAAAACCUGGUAACAUGCUAUAAAAUAAAUAUUUAUAUCAUAACACCAUAAUUCUGCAUUACUAUGUUAUCCUACUAAUAGAAAAUACUUUUUAGGAACAGCGUAAACUUAAAGCUAUAAGCUAAUUCACUAUAAAUACUGUUUGUAAAUCAUUUAGGUAAGCUCGCGGAAGCAUACAAACAAUCACAAACAGGUCAUAAAACCAUUUAAGCAUGACCCCACCCUUUUGUAAGUCUUUUCCACAAACUAGGUUUAUCUAUAUUGGCAGGUGGAGGUUGAUCGUUUUUAAUUUGUUCUAAAAAUCCCGCUGAUGUUUGCGUGGGCGAAUUUGGUUCGACCGCCGCAUCCCCAAUUUCCCGCAAGUCUCUCAUCAUUUUUUUUCUUAUAGUCUUUUUCAUACUUAAGUGUCUUUCUAAAGUCUUGUAUUUAUGUUUGGUCCGAUUAUCUACAUUGUUUUCGACAACAGGAACUCGCGGAUUUUCUUUAUCCACUUCUUUAUUGCAGUUCCAUAUAUCACGCACAUCUCUUAUUUUUCUAUCGUUGACUGAAGACAUUUUUCAUAGUCGUUUCUGCAAAACAAAAAAAAUUAUUUGUAAGAAAGUUGAACGGUAAAAACAAAUGCAAAUUCACAAAACGCUUUUCUCCUCCAAAACUUAUUUAUUUUAGAAAGUUAUUUACUUGUGUAGUUUUAGAUUGCUUUAUUCAUGUCAUUUUAAUAAAAAAUUAGCAUGAUAUUCAAGAAAAUGAUAGAUAAAAGGUGAAAUUCUACUUACUUUCGAUCGAACAAUAUUUAAUGAUGUUAUAGCAAAUUUUUUUAUUGUAUAUUGCUAGUUUGUAAAUGGACAAUAAAUUUUUGAUCUAUUUUUAAAACUUA